GCGCCCCUCGAGAUGACUCCUGCCGGCGUGAGUCUGGCGGCCGCUGUCCUUUGCCUCUGGAGCUGGGCCGGCCUGGCUGCCGGGGACCGGGUGUACAUACACCCCUUCCACCUCCUCGUCUACAGCAAGAGCAGCUGUGACCAGCUGGAGAAAUCCAAUGCGGAGACACCCAACGACCCGACCUUCAUCCCCGUCCCGAUUCAGGCCAAGACAUCCCCUGUGAACGAGGAGGCCCUGCGGCAGCAGCUGGUGGUGGCCGCCCAGAAGCUGGAGGCGGAAGACAAGUUGAGGGCGGCCGAGGUGGGCAUGCUGCUCAACUUCAUGGGCUUCCGCAUGUACAAGGUGCUGAGCGAGACCUGGAGCAAGGCCGCGGGGGCAGUGCUCUCCCCCACAGCUCUCUUCGGCACCCUGGCCUCUUUCUACCUGGGAGCCUCGGACCCCACGGCCAGCAGCCUGCAGGUGUUCCUGGGGGUCCCUGGGGAGAUCAAGGGCUGCACUUCCAGGCUGGAUGGCCACAAGGUCCUCUCGGCUCUGCAGACCAUCCAGGGCCUCCUGGUCGCCCAGGGCGGGGCUCAGGGCCAGGCCAGACUGCUCCUGUCCACCGUGGUGGGGCUGUUCACAGCUCCGGGACUGCGCCUGAAGCAGCCGUUUGUGCUGGGCUUGGCUCCCUUCGCCCCUGUCACCCUCCCACGCUCUCUAGACUUGGCCAUGGACCCCGAUCUCGCGGCUGAGAAGAUCAACAGGUUCGUGCAGGCGGUGACAGGGUGGAAAAUGAAGCCCUUGACGGCUGUCAGUCCAGACAGCACCCUGCUCUUCAACACAUAUGUCCACUUCCAAGGUAGGACAAAGCCUUCAUGGGCUCUGCCCCGGGGCUGGCCUCAGAGGGCGGGAGUUUCCCAGUCUCCGUGGUUUGACUGGCUGGGUGGCCAGGCCAUGGAGCUGGGCAGGUGGAUGUGA